UCCCAUUUCUCUUCUAUUCAGUUCAGGAAGCCUUCAGUUUUGUACUUUUGUUCUUUUUCGUCAUUCUUCGUCAACCGAAAGAAAUUCUCAGCCUCUUGCUCGUAGUUUUUCUGAGCUUUGUUUAUCAAAGAAUAAAAAAGGUAUAAUCUUUUAUCGGUGCUGGAGAAAGCGAGAUGUGCGGAGGUGCUAUUAUCUCCGACUUCAUUCAGACGCCGGAGGCCAGGUCUCGCCGGCUUACAGCCGAUAUCCUCUGGCCGGAUUUGAAGAAACCCAGUUCGGGGAAGCGAUUCUCGAAGCCCACUAGGUCUGGAUUCGGGGAUUCGGAUGGUGAUUUCGAAGCUGAUUUUAGAGAAUUCAAGGACGACUCUGAUAUCGAUGAGUUGGAUGUGGAUGAUGAUUUGCUGUUCGAUUUCAAGACCUUAGGUUUCUCCGCUGUCAAACCCCUCAAGCCUUCCGGAUCCCUCUCUCGUGGAUCCGGUCCCAUAAAAUCUGUGAAAUUCAAGGGAAAAGCUAACAAGUCUGAGAAAAGAAAGAGGAAGAAUCUGUAUAGGGGAAUCCGUCAGCGCCCAUGGGGAAAAUGGGCAGCUGAGAUCCGUGACCCAAGGAAAGGUGUCCGUGUCUGGCUUGGAACCUUCAACACUGCUGAAGAAGCAGCUAGAGCCUAUGAUGCUGAAGCACGUAGGAUUCGCGGUAAGAAAGCCAAGGUGAACUUUCCUGAUGAGGCUUUAGGCUCUCCCCCAAAACAAUAUGAUGUAAAACACUCUGUUCAGCCCAUUAUGAACCAGAAAUUCAAUGUUGGGAACAACGCAAAGGACUACAUCUGUCCCAUGGGUCUGAUGGACCAGAAACCACUGGUUAAUCAGUAUGCUAACAUGGGAGGCUUACCCAGCUGUGGAGAUGGGCUCACGUCUUUCACACCAUUGGAUGAUGUUAAUGUUCCUGUUUGUUUCAGUUCAGAUCAAGCAAGUAAUUCGUAUGAUUAUUCUGGUAUCGGGUGGGGUGAACAGGGCCUAAAGACACCUGACAUCUCGUCAAUGCUUUCUGCUUCUAUAGAAGAUGAAUUUCAAGCUGUUAGUGAUGCCAACCAGAAUAAUAACAUUCUUGACUGCCAGGGUGUGCUGUCUCUGGAAAAUGAUUCUGCAAAGACACUGUCUGAGGAACUUGCAGAUAUUGAAUCCCAGUUGCGGUUCUUUCAGACGCCUUACCCUGAAGGGACUUGGGAUGAUGCUUCAUUAGAAACCUUGCUUGGUGAAAACACAGCUCAGGAUGGUGAAAACGCAAUGGACUUUUGGAGCUUUGAUGCUGGGGGAAUUUUCUGAGCAACUUUCUCAUUAUCUUCUCAUUCUUGAGAAUAUAGUUACAAGAAUGGUGUUCAUCUUUGUUGGAGAUUGAGUCAAGACAAAGCGGACCCUCUGAAGCAUGCCUGGAUGGUUAUUCUCUGAACGCUGGUAAGAAAGUAAGCGCGGGACUAUGGAUAUGUAGGUGUACAUGUCAAACACCUUAACUCUUAGAGAUUUUGAGUUUGCCAUUCAUUCAUGAGGAUGAUUCUGUCAAGUGUGUGAUGCAGUAAAAUGUUAACUUGGUUGUUUUCGAUUAUGGCCAAUCAAGUGGAUGCAUCAAUUAACCCAUUUUUGAAUAAUUUAUCUGGUUUUGUUCA